AUGAAGAUGCUGGCGGACUGCGAUCCUGAUCACCUUCUCUCGCAGGGGGAGAUCAGCUGGCUGGAGAUUAUUGAGACCGCCAAGGUGCCGGUGGUGAAGGUACGAUCGCAGUCCUGCGGCCUUCGUGCGGAUGUGGUCUUCAGUCAGCCUGACGGGAUGGAGUCGUCCAAGUUCAUUCGCUCCCAGCUGAAGGAGUAUCCGCAGAUGAAGCCUCUGCUUCUCUUCCUGAAGUACUUCCUUCUUCAGCGCGGGCUCCAUGAGACGUAUACAGGUGGCAUGGGCUCCUACCUCCUCUGCAACGUGGUCCUCCAUUUCCUCCAGAGGCAUCCUUCGUUCCGGAGUACGCGACAGUACGCUGGAACAUCCCUGGGGCAUCUCCUCUUUGACUUCUUGAAGUACUACGGCCAGGAGUUCAACUACAUGACGCAGGGCAUCUCGGUUCUGGAUGGCGGCUCGACCUUCGCGAAGGCCAGCCGGUUCCCUGAGAAGAAGCAGCGAGGCCCUGUGCAACUGUGCCUUGAGUCGCCCCUGGCUCCGGAUAUGGACCUCGGUGGGGCUUGCUUUCGCAUGCACAUCCUCCGCAAUCUCUUCCACCAUGGGUUUCACUGCGUCUGCCAUCUGUUCGUCUCACGCUCGCCGCCUGAGGUGUCCAUGCUCUGCCCGCUGCUGAUAGACCCAGCGCACCCCGUCAUCACGGACCGCUUCAAGCUGAUGUCGGAGCAGCCCGCAGCCCUACCCGGGCUCAAGCGGAAAGCCUCACAGGCAGAGAGCCUUGAGUCGAGUGCCGCCCCAAAGAAGGCCAUGAAGCGGGCGAGCUCAGAGUCGCUCGGCGCGCAGGCCGAAUGCCCGGAGGACUCCGUGGCUGCCCCCAAGAAGGCCGCGAAGCGAGCAACUGGAGAUGCCUCAAAGGGCCGGGCCGACACCCCGAAAAGGCGACAGCGAGCCGUGAUCUUGCAGGACUCGCCUACAAAAGCGCCCGACAGCAACAGGUGGCAUGCUGACGUGGCGGAGUGGGAUCAGUCCGACUGA